UCGUUCUCUUUCUGUCAGUCGCUAGACGAAUAUAGCUUUUUAUGUUAGCUGCCUUAAAUCUAAGACUUUAUCAUUAAUUUACUGCGACAUCAUUUGUUUUUCGGCGGUCAGUUGCAUGGAGUGCGUUGUGAUAAGUGAACGUGAAGCUGGAUGUUGAUAGCGUAGCAAAAGAACCCGUGGAACUUCAGUAAAAGGACAGAUUUGAGUCUUGUUUUUCAAAACAUUUAUGCUGUUUGCGGAUGUGUAGUGAUAAUAUAAGUAAUGCCGGUAGACGUAGUAAACAAAGAUCUGCAGCAUGAACGCAGUAAGUGCACUUUCAAUCAGGAAGAGUUCACUCUCUGGUGGGUAGGUGGACAAGACAAGUUGGACGAGAAGAGGUUUACGGAAAAUUAUUAUGUUAGCCAGCCGGAGUUUCACGAUACGACACCAUUGCACUACGCAUCACACCAAGAAAUCUACGAGCAAACGGUACGCAAAGCGACGGUCAUAUUCACCAAAGUGAAGAAGUUACUUCAAGAACAGGAAAAAUACGAUGCCAAAAAUUACGUUAACUUCCUUGAUUCGCUCCUGGGAACGGGCGUUAUCAAGGAGGGCAGUCCACUAAGGCUUCACUUUGUUAUGUUCAUCCCAGCGAUUGUCGGACAGGGAAGUGCGGAACAGCAAGCAAAAUGGCUCGAUAAAGCGCUUAACUGUGAAAUACUUGGAACAUAUGCGCAGACUGAACUCGGCCACGGAACCUUUCUCCGGGGAUUGGAAACUACGGCUACCUUCGAUGAGACAACCGAUGAAAUUAUACUCAACAGUCCUACACUGACUGCUUACAAAUGGUGGCCGGGAGCUUUGGCUCAAACCGUGAAUCACUGCAUUGUAAUGGCACAGCUGUACUCCAACGGGAAGUGUCAUGGUGUUCACGCGUUUAUGGUACAGGUUCGCGAUGAAGACACGCAUAUGCCACUGCCAGGAUUGGAAAUCGGUGACAUCGGCCACAAAAUGGGUUUUAAGGGGGUCAAUAAUGGGUAUCUUGGUUUUAAGAAGUAUCGAAUUCCCCGAGCCAACAUGCUCAUGCGAAAUGCACAAUUGCUUAGAGAUGGGACGUAUGUUAAACCUGUCUCUUCAGUACUGACCUACGGUACCAUGGUCUUCGUACGAGUGAUCAUCGUCAGUGGAAUGGCUCAUAAUUUGGCUAAAUCGGCUACCAUUGCAGUGAGGUAUUCGUCCGUGCGGCGACAGAGUGUGAUCAAUCCAGAUCAACCGGAGGUGCAAAUAAUCGACCAUAUAACCCAACAAGGAAAACUACUACCUCAAAUCGCCAAGGCAAUUGCUCUGAAGUUAACGGCCGAUAAUUUGUGGCAAAUGUACCAGGAAACGACAUCGGAUUUGAAUUCUGGUAAAUUGGAUCGUUUACCGGAACUUCAUGCCAUCGCGUGUUGUUUAAAAGUCGUUUCUACGUCCGAUGCUGCCAGUGGAAUCGAGAUGUGUCGAUUGGCUUGUGGGGGUCACGGAUACUUAUCUUGUGCUAACUUUAUGAGUUUCUACACCGUCGCUACGGCUGCCUCUACCUAUGAAGGUGAAAAUACUGUACUGUUGCUGCAGACUGCCAGAUACCUUAUUAAAAUGUGGAACCACGCCCUUAAGGGCAAACAACUGAUGCAAACGGUGCAAUAUUUGGCAGAGUUUGCUGGGAAAUCCACCAAACGACUACCAUGGAGUGAUUCUAUACCGGUCAUCAUUUCGGCUUUUCAGGUCAUCACAGCCAACCGAUUGAACCAUGCGAAUGCACGCAUUGAGCAACGCAAACGUAAAGGAUUUACACCGGAGGAAGCCACCAACUUAACCGGGCUGGAAUUAAUACGUGUGGCUGAGCUCCACGGCCGUGGGUUUGUUUUGCAGUCCGCCUACGAAAUGAUCGAAACGGCCUGCCAGACAGCUUCUCCUGAACUGACCCGAGUGCUGCGAGAAUUG